AUGCACCGAACGCCCUUCCAAGGCCCCCCACCGGCCCAAUCCCCUCCUCUUCACCACCCGGUUCCUCAGCAUGUUUCCACAGUACCAAUGAUGCGGUCACCACCGCCUCCUACGACGCAACAGCCGCAGCAAUCCAGCUAUGGAAACCCAUACCAGCCUGCGCCCGCACAAGGGGGCAGCGGCACAUUUGCACCCGGGUUUGGGGGCUUCAUUACGGAUCCUACGGCUCAUAUGGGCUUUCAGGUUGGGAAAUCGGCCAUGAUGGCUGGCCAGGAAUAUAUGGAGCAGAAUUUCAAUCGAUAUGUCUCCAUUCCGGCAUUGAAACAUUACUUCAACGUUUCCAAUUCCUACGUACUCAAGAAACUUGCCCUGGUUCUUUUUCCAUGGCGCCACAAGCCGUGGUCUCGGCAGCAGGGCCGCCUGUCCUCCUCGACCACAGGUCCGAAUGGCCAAAUAUCCCAAGCUCAAUACACAUCGAUAUACCUACCACCCCGCGAUGACAUCAAUUCGCCGGACAUGUACAUCCCGGCCAUGGCACUGGUGACCUACAUACUCCUUUCUGCCGUGCUGGCCGGUUUCCGUGGCAGCUUUCACCCUGAGCUGUUAGGCUCGAUAACCACGACAGCAUUGGCAGUUGUGAUAUUUGAGAUCAUCUGCUUAAAGGUCGCGAUGUACAUUCUCAGUAUUAGCAAUGACUCUCAACUACUGGACUUGGUCGCCUACUCAGGGUACAAAUUCGUUGGUAUUAUUAUCACUCUUGUCGCAGCGGAAAGUUUAAGCCCAGGUCGAGGCACUGGAGGUUGGGUGGGAUGGGCCGUUUUCACUUAUACGUUCCUGGCCAAUGCCUUUUUCCUUCUACGGUCCUUGAAAUACGUCCUCCUCCCCGACUCCUCGAGCGACGGCCCAAUCCGUGGAGGCACCAUGCCCACCGUGGCCCGUUCGCAGCGCAAUAGACGCACACAAUUCCUCUUUAUCUACUCCUAUAUCAUGCAAUUCCUGUUCAUGUGGGUCCUUAGCCGACUCGACCCCGUCACUUCCAAGUCCGCCCCUAAAAUUAAACCCCCAACGGUGCCCGUAUAA